GGAGGAUGGGGCCAGGUGGGGCUGUCUCUGUGGCCCUGCUAGGGUUCACCCUCCUGGGGUUGAUCUAUGGCGCGUUGCCCUUGAACCCGGAUGACCCUAACGUGUGUAGUCACUGGGAGAGUUAUGCUGUGACGGUCCAGGAGUCCUAUGCCCACCCCUUUGACCAGGUCUACUACACAAGAUGCACCGACAUCCUCACCUGGUUCAAAUGUACCAGACACAGGAUCAGCUAUAAGACAGCGUACCGUAGGGGUGUGAGGACUAUGUACAGAAGGCGUUCUCAGUGUUGCCCAGGCUUCUAUGAGAACGGAGACCUGUGUGUCC